AUGCUGAGGGGGCUUCUUCUCGCGGGCGGGAUCGCGCUGCUCCUCGCGCUCGCCGCGCUGCUGGCGGAGGGCGCGCGCAGCGGCGGCGGCGGAGGCGGAGGCAGCAGCGGCUACGGCCACGCGUACGGCGGCGCGAGCGUGUUCGCCGCCCAGUCGUCCCCUCCGGACCCGUGCUACGACGAGAACGGGCGGCCGCGCCGCUGCAUCCCGGACUUCGUGAACGCGGCGUUCGGCAAGGAGGUGCGCGCCUCGAGCACGUGCGGCAGCCCGGCGGCGCGCUACUGCGUGGUGACGGAGCGCGGCGAGGAGCGCUCGCGCGAGUGCCACACGUGCGACGCGGCGGACCCCAAGAAGGCGCACCCGGCCGCCUACCUGACGGACUUGAACAACCCGCACAACCUCACGUGCUGGCAGUCGGAGAGCUACGUGCAGCACCCGCAGAACGUCACGCUCACGCUCUCGCUGGGCAAGAAGUUCGAGGUGACCUACGUGAGCCUGCAGUUCUGCUCGCCGCGGCCCGAGUCUAUGGCCAUCUACAAGUCCAUGGACUACGGCAAGACCUGGGUGCCCUUCCAGUUCUACUCCACGCAGUGCAAGAAAAUGUACAACCGGCCGAGCCGCGCGGCCAUCACCAAGCAGAACGAGCAGGAGGCCGUGUGCACGGACUCGCACACGGACAUGCGGCCGCUGGCCGGCGGUCUCAUCGCCUUCAGCACGCUGGACGGGCGCCCGUCGGCGCACGACUUCGACAACUCGCCCGUGCUGCAGGACUGGGUGACGGCCACGGACGUGCGCGUGACCUUCAGCCGCCUGCACACGUUCGGCGACGAGAACGAGGACGACUCGGAGCUGGCGCGCGACUCCUACUUCUACGCCGUGUCCGACCUGCAGGUGGGCGGCCGCUGCAAGUGCAACGGGCACGCGUCCAAGUGCGUGAGGGACCGCGACGGCGGCGGCCUGGUGUGCGAGUGCAAGCACAACACGGCGGGCGCCGAGUGCGACCGCUGCAAGCCCUUCCACUACGACCGGCCGUGGCAGCGCGCCACCGCCAGAGAGGCCAACGAGUGCGUGGCUUGCCACUGUAACCUGCACGCGCGCCGCUGCCGUUUCAACAUGGAGCUGUACAAGCUGUCGGGCCGCAGGAGCGGAGGCGUGUGCCUCAACUGCAGACACAACACAGCUGGGCGCCACUGCCACUACUGCAAAGAGGGCUACUACAGAGACAUGACCAAGGCCAUCUCCCACAGACGCGCCUGCAAAGCCUGUGACUGCCAUCCAGUUGGUGCUGCGGGAAAGACAUGUAAUCAGACUACAGGACAGUGCCCGUGCAAAGACGGCGUGACGGGCAUCACCUGCAACCGCUGUGCUAAAGGCUACCAGCAGAGCCGCUCACCCAUUGCCCCCUGCAUCAAGAUUCCAGUGGCCUCCCCCACCGCCACUUACAGCAGUUCAGAAGAACCAACAGACUGUGAUUCUCACUGCAAAGCCUCUAAGGGCAAACUGAAGGUCACCAUGAAGAAAUACUGCAAGAAGGACUUUGCUGUCCAAGUGCACGUGCUGAAAGGCGACAAAGCAGGCGAGUGGUGGAAGUUCACCAUCAACAUCAUCUCGGUCUACAAACAAGGCGAACAUCGGAUCCGCCGGGGUGACCAGCUGCUGUGGGUUCGCGCCAAGGACGUGGCCUGCAAGUGCCCCAAGAUCAAGCCGGGGAAGAAGUACCUGCUGCUGGGCUCAGACGACGAUGACUCGCGCGGUCAGAGCGGCGUGGUGGCUGAUAAAGGCAGUCUGCUCAUCCCCUGGAAGGACCUGUGGGCCCGAAGGCUCCGCAAGUUCCAGCAGCGCGACAAGAGGGGCAAGUGCUAGAGGAACUACGCAUCAGGAGGUGGAAGGAAUGGAGGAAGGAGGGAGACGGAGGAAGGGAUGGACCGAGCGCUGCUAAGCAGAUGCAUAUCGCUAGCCUUUUGUAGGAACUGUUGUGAAGGAACCCCAAGAUUUCACUGGUUUGUCCUCAGCUGUCUUACGAUUUUAUUUUCCUUUGAGAUUACUAUUUUUUCGUAUUGUGGAUUUUGCAGAGUUUGCACCUAAUGUUACAUAUGUUAAGUCAUUUUUGAGUGAUCAAUUUCGGUGUUUCUCACUUUUAUGUAGCCUAAAUUGUCCAGUCCUUUUUUUAAAAAGCGUAAAAAGAAAACUAGCUACUGUGUGACAUCUCUUGAUGCCAGUGCCCUUUUAGACUGUUUUGUCUUUUGACACGGAAGCUCACAGUACAUGUGCUUGUCUUAUUUGAGCUGAUGACAUUUUAACAGUCUAGUGACAAAAGAAAGGUGAUCUUGGGGGAUUAUAUGUUACACAUUAUAUGUUAUAAACUAUAUGUUGGUGAUCUGUGAUCUGAUAUGAACUGGUAUCUGGUAUCUGCAAGAUAUGUGUAAAGGACAAGCUAACGACUUUUAUAAACCCCACUUUUACGUACAGCAUUGUGGACGAUACCUCAUUGCUUCUGAUGCUGAGUAUUUUAGCAGUUCAGAAUGUGCCAUGGCAGAGUGAUAUAUUUCAAAAACAGCUUGAACCACUAUUCAUGUAAGUUGAAUGUUUUUUGUUUUGAAUGCAGUGAUUUUUGCAGUGUACAUUAUAACAUGUUUGACCGUAGAUUACUAUAGCGUGAGUCUAAAUAUAUAAAGAAAACAUAAUAUUUAACCCCUUCCUGAUCCUUUUUCUGAUUGUGAUAAAACUGCCAGACAAAUUUUGAGAUCCAGUCUCACUUUCAAGGUAUAUGGAACAUGUUGCCUACAGGGGGAGCUAAUGUUUCCUAAAUAUUGUCAAUAUUCCUUCAAACUUGACCUUUAUUACAUUUGAAAAUGUCAGUUUAGACUAUUUGAAAUUUUGAAAAUGUGAAAAUUCUGAACAAUUAAAAAAAGGAAAAUUUGAAAAUUCAAGUAAGUGUUGAAAAUUUUGAAAAUGUAAAAAUUCCGUAAAUUUGAAAAUGUGAAAAGAUAUUUAACAUUUUUGAAAAUUCUUAAAGUUUGGAAAAUGUAUAUGUUGAGAAUUUUGAAACUUUAAAAAUUCUGUAAAUUAUGUUAAAAUUGUAAAAAUUCUUAAAGUUUGCGUGUGAAAAUUUAAUGAAUUCAUCUUCUUGAAAAACUAAUUUCACUACCCCCCUUAUUCAUAUAAGAAACAUCUAAAAAAGUCUGUAUGAGAUUUGGAUUUAUUGCAGUUACCUUCAAUCUGAUGUCAAGGAGAAUUAUACUGUGGGAGUGAAUUUAAGUGGCAAUUUCAUGUCCUUCAAAUGAGGCAGUAGGAACAGCUACAGUGACCAAAACCUACUCCUAACUUUUACCUGAACCAUUCGUAACUUGUACGAACUUCAUUUCAGCUGUUAUCGUGACACUUUGUCAUAUGGUCCAUAAUAUAUAGUCUGUAAAGGCCUUAAUUACAGUACAGUAAAAUAAAUGUACACUAUUGACAGGAUGGAGACCAUGACAAUAUGAUCUGUCUUGCCUUGGAUAAUAAAUCAUAGGCCUAUAAUUUGUUGGUACUCUGUGGAACGUAUUGUUCUGUUGUUAUUUGUAUAGUUGUAUAGUUAUAUUUUUUGUAUGACACUAACUAGAUUAUAUUCAUGUUAUUAACCAGAAACUUAACGUUUGGACAGAAGAGUAAGAUUGUUAGGCUUUUUUGUUUACAUAAGUUGAUAAAAUAGAGAGGAAUUUGUACAGUAUCUGUGCUAUGAGAAUGAAAUAUUUCAAACACAUACACUCAAACCUUUUACUUAUUCUUCUCUCUCUCUCUCUCUCUCUCUCUCUCUCUCUCUUUUUCUCUCUCUCUUUCUCUCUGUCUCUCUCCCGCACCCUUCCUCUAACAUCAUAUACAUACACAUGUAAACAGAAUUUCUUACAGUCACACUCACUGUCACUGCCAAGCUAUGAACUCUGACGUUGCCUUUGAAAGAAUAUCAAUUCAUUCUAUAUUGACCCAACAUCCAACAUGGACACUUCGACCAAUUCUCCAGUUAUCUGGAGAAUUAUUCUGCCAAACAGGUUCUGAAUGAAGACCUGGCCAUUGUUCAUGUUCCCACCUGUAAAUGAUGUUUAGCUGUAUUCUUUGCAAAAAUAAAAGCAGUGUUUUGUCUUGUAAUUCAUACUAAUAUAUAAUGGUUCUCAUAAAAAUGAAUAUAUUUAAUGAUACCUGAAAUUACAUGCCUUUGUUUUUGUUAUUGUUGCUAUCAUUUCUGUCUCUGGAUAUUGUCUACGACAUGGUCGGAUGUUGUGCUGAGAACAAGUUGUAACCAUUGGACGUACAGAUAGUGAGAAAUUGGAGAUUGUUUUCAAUAAACCCCUGUAAACUCAAGAAGAA